AUGGCCUUUCUCAAGGAAGACGUGGUCCUCAUCGCCGAGCAGCCGCCCUUGAUGGCUACGUCCAGGGCCCACAACAAGUUGAUCAAGGCGUAUGAGCGCUCCAUCGCAAAGGCCCGAAUCUGCCGUCUGACACCCUUCGCCGCGCUCCGCCCGCGCUCGACACCGGUCCUCUCCACCAAGGUGUUUCCCCGUCUCCUCCUCGCGCCUGAGAUCUACGCCGCCCGCUGCGAGGUCAUCAACAAGCUCGGCCGGCUGGACCUCGCCUUUAUCACGCAGUUGGGCUUUCUCGCGGAUGCGAUGUGGAGGAGGCAUCGCCAACACGUGGAUUUCUGGAGAGCUUUUAGGGAGGUGCUGCUGCAACAGGGCACCGUGUUCCUGCACCACGUUUUCGUGGAGAUAGUCAACCCGGAAAGCCGCAGCGAUGACCGGAACGAACUGUUCGCGCAGUCCUGGGCUGAGUUGUGCGGCCAGCAGAUCCGGAUCAACCUCUGGAACGAGGGUAUUGAUGCGGCCGAUCGGUGGAUGUUCCGAAUCGAGGUUUGGGAGGAUGAGGAGGGUCUGGAGGAUAUGGAAGAAGACGCAGCCCACCAAAUUCUGAUGUCUCAUUUGGGAUUCAGCCCGAUUUUCUGGCUCAUUCGAGGUUGGCUUGACACGGGAUAG